UGGCGCUGUUGCCUAACUCUCCCCCUGCUUCCCCUCUCUCUCCCCGCCAGCCCAGCCUGCCUCUCUCCUGCCUCUCUGCCUCAGCCAACCCGGGCUGUGCCGAGCUGCUCCCUGCGGGAUCAGAGCGCUCCCCCGCCGGGACCCUUCUCUCACAUCCCCCUGCUGGGACGCGGCUACAUUUCCAGCCAAGCACUGCCUGCCUUGGCUUUAUUAUGUGUGUCUGCGCCGCAGCCCCGCCAGCAGAGGCAGGCAGAGGAGGAGGGAGACUGGUAGCCAGAGUCAGGACAAAGAAAAAGCAGGGAGACAGAGGCUAGCGAAGGGUUAGAUUGGUAGAAAUAUUAGGCUGCUAUUAAUACCGCCGGUAGGGCAUUGAGAAAUAUUAACAAAAAGAAAGCUUGGGUUAAAAGCAGUAGGCUAUUCUCGGGGUGGAGAUGCUGGGGAAGAGCGCAAUGUCCAUGCCACCAGACCACCACCACUGUCUAGUGUAGAAUAGCGGGACGGAACACAGGAGGCUGGUCGGUUCGGUGCAGCUUUCCCGAAGGAAAAACCAAACCACAACAGACUGAAAUAGUUUCGAUAAACUAAAAAGAAAAUAAAAGCCGCGAGGAGCGCGUGGGAAGAAGCCACGUUUCAUUUUGAAAGCUAUUUCACAGUAUCCGUCGCCUCUCUUCACCUGGACCGUCACGAACCGCUGUUGCACCGCCACCUCGCACUCGGACGGCGCCGCUGUCACUUUUCUUCAAUUACCGCGCGGGACUCAAGGUGUUUGCCGCGCGCGUGGCUGGCAGCUCGCGCCCCGGUCUAUAGUGCUGAAAAAAACCGGAGCGGCACGAGCGCCCGGGCUGCACAGGAGAAAGCAAAACGUGUGCGGGGGUAAAAGAGAAGAAACACAAAAAAGCGAGUCUGUGUCUGCGCCGAGGCACGUUGUAACGAAGAAGGGAAUAUCAACGGGAAGUUGUUCCCGUUUACGCUACAGGUUGCGCGAGCCUCCAAGCCGCUUCCACUCCCGGUGUGGGUGGUUUGUUGUCAUUUUGGACUAACGGCCGUUUCCCAACCAGAGACAGAAGCUGUCGCAUUGCAACAGGCGAAGAAGCAGCAGCAGCGAAUUUGUGGAGGAGGAACCGACUUUGUCCGCCUGCAUGGUUAGCUGAAAACACGGAACGGAACAAAAACAAUUAGAGAAUAAAACAACUAAAGCUGUUCGAGACCAGAGAUGUCGAGACGGAAACAAGCCAAACCGCGCUCUGUUAAAGCGGUAGAAGAAGGGGAGUCUUCAGAGUGUGGAGGGACCUGGGAUGAAUCAACUGUCCAGACAGAUGUCCCGGCGGCUGACAGAGAAGCAGAGCCCAAAGACGGUCAUGGGGUGGGCGCUGAGGACGGAGAACAAGAGGAGCACGACGACCGAGACCAUGAUGAUGACCUAGAUGACGAGUCCAUCUUCACCUGUGACAACUGUCAACAUGACUUUGACUGUCUGGCUGAGCUCACGGAACACAGAACCCACCACUGCCCAGCAGAUGGGGAUGAUGACCCUGCGGGGCUGUCCUGGGUGCCUUCCUCGCCUUCCAGCAAGGAUGUGGCAUCGCCCUCGCAGAUGCCCGACGGCUGCUGCGACCUCGGCAUGGCCACUGGCGGCGAGGAGGAAGGAGGCGCCGGCCUGCCGUACCCCUGCCAGUUCUGUGACAAGUCCUUCAGCCGGCUGAGCUACCUGAAGCGCCAUGAGCAGAUCCACAGCGACAAGCUGCCUUUCAAGUGCACCUUCUGCAGUCGUCUGUUUAAACACAAGAGGAGCAGAGACCGCCAUGUCAAACUCCACACAGGAGAUAAGAAGUAUAGUUGUCAGGAGUGUGAAGCUGCAUUCUCCCGCUCUGAUCACCUAAAGAUCCAUCUGAAGACACACAGCUCGAGCAAACCGUUUAAGUGCAGUGUGUGUAAGCGUGGCUUCUCCUCCACGUCAUCACUGCAGAGCCACAUGCAGGCUCACCGCAAGAACCGAGAGCACCUUGCACUGAGGAGUGAGAGGGAUGGAGGGAAGAAGGGAGCAGGAGGCGAUGUUGACCUGGAGCAGGACCUGUAUAUGUGCGAUUACUGCGAGGAGACGUUCAGCCAGACGGACGAGCUAGAGAAGCACGUCUUGACCAGACACCCCCAGCUGUCUGACCGAGCCGACUUGCAAUGCAUCCACUGUCCUGAGAUCUUCUUAGACGAGGCUUCUCUCCUCACACAUAUUGAAACACAGCAUGCCAACCGCAAACACAAAUGUCCUGUCUGUUCCGAGCAGUUCCCAUCUGUGGAGGAUGUCUACUGCCACUUAGAUAGCCAUCGUCAGCCGGACUCCUCCAAUCACAGCGCUGCCAGUCCCGACCCUCCGCUAGGCAGUGUGGCCUCAAUGAGCUCGGCCACUCCAGACUCUAGUGCCAGCCUGGAGAGGGGCUCCACGCCGGACUCUACCCUAAAGCCCAGCCAGGGCAUCGAACGAGUCCGCAGAAGAGGCCCAGACACUGGGGAAGAGAUUGGGAUAAGCCUGGGUCAUCAAGGUGGAGGGGGAGGAGGGAGCUGGGGUAAACUGACGUACUCUUGCCCUUACUGCUCGAAGAGAGACUUCCACAGCCUGGCGGUGUUGGAGAUCCAUUUGAAGACUAUCCAUGCAGAUAAGCCGCAGCAGAGUCAUACAUGUCAUCUCUGCCUGGACACUCUGCCCACGCUCUACAACCUCAACGAACAUGUGCGCAAAGCUCACCGUGCCAGCGGGGGAACUAAAGGCACAGCAGCUUUUCCCCUGCUGCAGUUCACUAAUGUCACAGCGUUCCACUGUAACUACUGCCCAGACAUGUUCGGAGACAUCAACUCUUUGCAAGAACACAUCCGAGUGUCGCACUGCCUGCCGGGUGGGAUUGUGGCGGGAUCCACCACGCUAGAAGGGAACCAUGCCUUCUUCUGCAACCAGUGCUCCAUGGGAUUCUUGACGGAGUCUUCGUUGACAGAACACAUCCAGCAGACGCACUGCACCUCCGUUGCAGGGGGGGGAGCUGCGUCUGGAGGAGCGGUGGCCAAACUGGAGUCUCCUGUACUACAGUCUGCAUCGCAGUCCUUCAUGGAGGUUUACUCGUGCCCUUACUGCACCAAUUCUCCUAUCUUCGGCUCACUCCUCAAGCUCACCAAGCACAUAAAGGAGAACCACAAGAACAUCCCUUUGGCUAACAACAAACGGCAGGCAAAGGUUGCAGACCUAAGCCCCGCCUCCUCUGACAUAGAGAUCUCCUCCCCAAAACGCCACAGACUGGGAGGGGACUCCACCCCCUCCAUGGGGAGCAACGGGGACUACCCGUGCAACCAGUGUGACCUGCGGUUUUCCAGCUUUGAGGGCUUCCAGGCCCAUCUAAAGUCCCACCUGGAGAUGCUGCUGCGGCGCCAGUCCUGCCCCCAGUGCAACAAGGAGGACUUUGAAUCCCAGGAGGCGUUGCUUCAACACCUGACGGUGCACUACACCACCACGUCGACCCAGUAUGUGUGUGAGAGCUGCGAUAAGCAGUUCUCUUCCGUAGAUGACCUGCAGAAACACCUGCUCGACAUGCACACAUUUGUCCUGUACCACUGCACUCUCUGCCAGGAGGUCUUUGACUCCAAGGUCUCCAUACAGGUGCAUUUGGCGGUGAAGCACAGCAAUGAGAAGAAGCUGUUUCGCUGCACAGCCUGUGCCUGGGACUUCAGGAAGGAGUCGGAUCUUCAGAUCCAUGUGAAGCAUAACCACCUGGGCCAGAGGUCGGGCCUCGCAGCAGGACUCAAGCCCCGGAAGUGCAUCUUCUGCGGAGAGACGUUUGGAUCAGAGGUGGAGCUCCAAUGCCACAUCACCACACACAGCAAGAAGUUUACGUGUCGCUUCUGCGGCAAAGCUUUCCAAGCCAUGUCACUGCUGGAGAGACACCUGAGGGAGAAGCACUGCCUCUUUGAUGGUGGCAACAUUACCGGCAACGGAGGUGGUACGGGGAGCGGUGGCAGUCAAAACGGGACGCCCAACGGGCUGGCACAGUCCUCCAAGCGAGGAGGAGGAGGAGGAGGAGGAGGAGGAGGAGGAGGAGGCAGCGGUGGCAGUGGAGGUGCAGCAGGUGCUGAAAGGGCAACGGUGGCGGCCGCUGAACAGGCCGAUCUGCAGAACAUGUUGCUGAAGAGUGCCGCUGUGGGAGGAGCUGGCCAGGGAGGAGACACGGUCAACAGCCAUGAGGCCAGCGGGGGGGAGGAGGAGCUGGACAAUUCAGAGCCCAUGUAUGCCUGUGAUAUCUGCGGCGCGGCCUACACCAUGGAGUCGCUUCUACAGAACCACCGGCUGCGUGACCACAACAUCCGACCGGGAGAAGAUGACGCUGGUUCUCGAAAGAAGAAGGCGGACUUCAUCAAGGGGAACCACAAAUGCAACGUGUGCUCCAGAACAUUCUUCUCGGAGAACGGGCUUCGUGAGCACGCUCAGACGCAUCGCGGCCCUGCCAAACACUACAUGUGUCCAAUAUGUGGCGAGCGUUUCCCCUCUCUGCUAACCCUCACUGAACACAAGGUGACCCACAGUAAGAGCCUGGACACAGGUACCUGUCGAAUCUGUAAGAUGCCCCUGCAGAGUGAGGAGGAGUUUAUAGAGCAUUGCCAGAUGCACCCCGACCUCCGCAACUCCCUCACCGGCUUCCGCUGCGUGGUCUGCAUGCAGACCGUCACCUCCACCCUGGAGCUGAAGAUCCACGGCACCUUCCACAUGCAGAAGCUCUCCACUGGUUCUGCACUUGGAGGCACUGGAGGAGGAGGAGGUGGGAAUGGAGGAAUAGGCGGAGGGAACGGUUCAGCCUCUUCAUCCCCUAACGGGCAGCUGCAGCAGCACAAGUUGUAUAAAUGCGCCUUCUGCCUAAAAGAGUUCAAGAACAAAGGGGAGCUGGUGAAGCUGGAUGUUAACGGUCUGCCUUAUGGCCUCUGUGCCGGCUGCAUGAGUAGGGGUACGAACGGCCAGAGCCCCAACCAGGGAGGAGCUGCCACGCCUGGGGACACGCAGGGAGAGAAGGCCAUGGCCGGGCUGAGGUGUCCGGAGUGUGGAGUGAAGUUUGAAAGCGUGGAGGACUUAGAGAGUCACGUCCAGACAGAUCACCCUGAGGUCAGCCCUGAAACCAGUGCGGCAGGAAAGAAGGCUGAGGCUUCACCUGCACCCAAGAAAAAGACCUACCAGUGUAUUAAAUGCCAAAUGACGUUUGAGACGGAAAGGGAGAUUCAGAUUCAUGUCGCUAAUCACAUGAUCGAGGAGGGCAUCAAUCACGAAUGCAAGCUGUGUAACCAGAUGUUUGAUUCACCUGCCAAGCUGCUUUGCCACCUGAUAGAGCACAGCUUCGAAGGCAUGGGAGGUACCUUCAAGUGUCCCGUCUGCUUCACAGUGUUUGUGCAGGCCAACAAGCUCCAGCAGCACAUUUUUGCCGUCCAUGGCCAGGAAGACAAGAUCUACGACUGUUCCCAGUGUCCGCAGAAGUUCUUCUUUCAGACAGAACUACAGAACCACACACUGAGUCAGCACGCGCAGUGAGACCGUGGCCCGGCAGGAUCUCUCGGCUCAGCCGGGGCCCCCGACCCGGAGCCGGCAGGGGACCCCCAUCUCCACAUCACAGCCAAUCAAAGUGUCAUUUGCUACUCACAUGUAAAACUCUAACGAUCGCGCCACUGGGCGCGGCUAUUAGGAGCAGCGGGGGAAAGGAAUAUUAAUGGGAUAUGCUAUUAAAUAAAGAAAAGGGAAAAAAAAGUGGGUGAGAGAAACGGUAAGAGCUAGAUGAAGGAAAGAGAGGAGUAAAAAAAAAA